CAGUGAGAAUCACUUGCUGACUGAAACUGGCCAACUUCUCAAAAAACUUGAUCGGGAAUUUGCCUCAUCGUGAUCAACGCUGCCGAUUUGAUUAUUUUGAUUGCACCGCAUUGCCACAUAACCGAAAACAUGACUGCGUUGAGUAAUGCAGAAUACACGCUCUAUUCGUCUCCAUUCUCCCUUUACUCCAUGAUGGCCCGUCACACUGUCCAACUCGGCCCCGCAACACACAACGCAAAGCCGCCCCAGAAGAUCACUCUGAGCUUCAUUAACCACCGCAAGAACCAGAACCUGAACGAGGAAUACCUCGUCUUGGUAAACCCCAAGGGUCAGGUACCGGCCAUGACCGGUAACGUCCUUGAGCAGCCUCUUACUGAUAGUCGCUCCAUCUCACUGCACCUGGCCGAGAAGCAUUACCCAGCCAUGCUACCUGCGGAACACGCUGUCGUUAUCCAGGACCUUCUCAAGAGAAUCCAUGCCAUCUAUGGUCUUUCAUUCAGCAACAAGAACCCGACAGCAGAAAUGACGCAGUAUAACCCUUCACCAGUGGAAGAUAUCCUCAAAAAAACUGAUCUCAGCCCGAAGUACCGCGCGGCUCUCGAGGCAAAGCUCAGUUUCCACAACAAAAAUAAUGCCGUAGCUUUUCAGCCAGCUAUUGUAGCGAAAGCUCGGGCAGAUCUGCAGAUCAUUUUUGCAGAAAUCAUAGAGCACCGCGGACAAAGCGGCGCCUCCGAUACGGAUGCAACAUGGACAUUUGGAAACCAGGUGGGCCCGACCGUGCUGGAUAGCCAUCUCCUUCCGCUCGUGCUGCGCUGCAUUGAUGCUGGUAACGCCGAGCUUGUUCCUCAGGAGCUGCAGCGCUGGGCAGGGGCUAUGGCAAAGAGCCCAGCGUGGCAAAAGGUUAUGCACGGUAGGUCGACAAGGUGGGAUUCUUCGAUGGGCCCUGUCGAGGAUAUGCAGGAUAUGAUGUCCCUGUGAGGCCCAUUUCAAGGAGACUGACCCGGCCAUCAUACCAAAAGCAAAAUUGAGUAGACAUCGGAUGUCAAUCAGGCUUUUCCUAAAGAUUAAAUUCAAGUUUUCAAAAUCUAUUCUGGACAAUUCUCCGGUCUCCUUGCCUUACUUGGCAAAGAGGACAGGUGAUCCUCUUAACAAACAAUGUUUUACAAUGGUUAGCUUAUAGUCCAGUUUAAAUCUAUUCACCUGCUCCUACAACCCUUUAUGUUUGAUUAUGAGCCAAGUAUUUUACCAGGGGGUUGAAUCUGGG